CUAGAAAUUGUAGUAAAGAAGAUCAUGAAGAUUUUUUCUGUCAUCUAUGGUGGUAAAUCUGUCAAGGUUUGACAUUCGCCUAAACCACAACUUCUGUUACUGCAUGUCGUGUCGGUCUUUUGAAUUUUUCAAUCUUCUGUGUCAAGAUGGCGGAUCAGAACGAAAGAGCAUUUCAGAAACAACCUACAGUUUCCAAUGUCCUUGCUUCAAUUAAAAGUAAAAAAGGCAUCGGCAAAAAAUCGAGGAAAUCCUUAAGAUACCACCGUGAAGUGGGAUUAGGAUUCAAAACGCCUCGUGAGGGAGAAAAAUCGUACCAAAAACAGCCGUGUGUGUUCCUGAACAAGAAAGGAGGAGUGAAAAAGAAGAAUCUUAGGUAUCACAGGAGUGUUGGUUUAGGGUUUAAAACACCUAGAGAGGCAAUAGAAGGUAAUUACAUCGACAAAAAAUGUCCUUUCACUGGAAAUGUGUCCAUUCGUGGCCGUAUCCUGACUGGUGUUGUACUAAAACUAAAAAUGCAGCGCACCAUCGUCAUCCGCAGGGAUUACCUCCAUUAUGUACGCAAGUACAACAGAUUUGAAAAGAGACAUAAAAAUAUGUCUGUUCACUUGUCUCCAUGUUUCAGGGAUGUUGAAAUUGGAGAUGUAGUAACCAUAGGAGAAUGCAGACCUCUAUCAAAAACUGUGAGGUUCAAUGUAUUGAAGGUUACAAAAGGCAGUAGCUCUAAGAAGAGUUUCAAGAAAUUUUAGAAACUUGUUAAAAUAAAAUCGUAAAAAACA